GCCCAGUUUUAGAUAUGACUGACUUGCCAUUUCACGCAACUUCACACAAACACAUAUAAUCAGUGAUGUCUACCACUUCAUUUCUAAAAUAUCCGAGAUUAAUAUUAGUGAUAAACGUAUAUUAUCCACGGAUGUAUCAUCACUGUUGACGAAUGUACCAUUUAUCGAAACGACAGAUUAAAUCUACGAGGAAAUCACUGGAAGAUAAAUGGACUCAGGAAUUCCCUUGUUUGGCCCCAAAGAAUUACUCCUUAAAUGUGCAAUGAAUGUGUAUUUUGUCUUCAAUAAUUUGUAUCACCGACAAGUAGAUGGAAUAGCUAUGGAUUCACCAUUAGGCCCGAUAUUAGCUGACUUCGUCGCAAAAUUUAAAAACAGGAGAGUGAAAGUUAUCACCAAGGAGUUGGAUAUGUAUUACCGUUAUGUCCAUGAUGCAUUUUUCUUCGUUAGUAGGAGUGCAAACCUAGACGAGUUGUUGAUAAAAUUCAGUAACAUCCACCCUUCACUUACUUUUACUUGUGAAGAAGAGCAGGACAACAAACUGCAUUUUCUGGAAGUCUUGCUAAGUUGGUGAUAAGAUGGGACACUUGGGAGAAGCAUGUACAGAAAAAGCACAUUCACAGAGCAUUACACACACUUCCUUAGUUAUGUG